UUUCGACCGUUGGGUACGUCGAAGGGCUGGUAACAAAACGAGGUCGCGCAUGGGUUCCCCAUCCGGCCACCAGCGCCCGAGCUGUCGCGAUCCAUUGCGGCCUCGUGCGCCACGCCGCCGCCGAAUUAAGGUCGCCCCGUGCCAGCACGGGGAGUCUUCUUCGCUCACCGCGUCUGGCCUCUGGCACUUCAAGCGCGCCGCCGGUGCCAUCGGUCCUCCCUCCUCCUUAGCCGAGCCAUCCUUUUCAACUCGACCGGCCACGACGAGGUCGCCUAGCGCCGCCGAAUCCCCGACGAGGUCGCCCUCCUUCGAUGAACAGGAAGGACCCGCGCCCGUGCGCCUACUGCUCCACCACCCCGGCCACGGCGUGGCCUUCCUCCUCAUCAGCGUCGGUGAGAUCUUCCCCUUCCCCUUUCUUUGAUUCAUCUUUUUUUUUUUUUGCCUCAAUUUCUUCCAUGCUUCUUAAUGUGUCGCUACACAAGGAAACAACAAGAUGAUCGGAUCACAAAUGUUCCUUGCGAUUCUUAAUUUCUUAAACAUGGUUUGCUUCCUGUGAUGUGCCAAAUCAACAAAGGAAUCAACAAAUAACGAAUCAAAAACUCCGUCUGGUGGCUAUUUUGCUCCGUUGAGCCGGAAGCUCACCGUUGUCUGUCUGGGGAGACGGGCACCACGCCGCGGUUGUCUGCUGCUGGCGUUGGUGAGGAGCCUGUUGCUCACCGGGCACGUUGAUGCGGGAAUGGAAGAGAAGGCCAAGUUCCCCCCAAGCUGUGGACCAUCGUCUUCCUCUGUUCCUCAGCCUUCCCUGAUCUACAGCAUGGUCAGCUCAGUCUGGUCAAGACGUUCUCACGGUAAUCCAUCUAAGCUAAAGACGAUAAGUCCUACUACUAGCCCCAUUUUCAAUCCUCUAGGGAUCAGAAAAUCUCCCCAUUUGUUUCAUCUCUUUUUGACAUGUACUGCUAUUAUGCCGCUGCUCCAAAACUAAAAUAGUUUGAUGUGGCCUACUUCAAUGUAGUUCUGUUAGGUUUUAAGGUUUCUGUAGCUCUUUUUUUUGGUUAUCUAAUACUAAUUACUGUGCUGUCUAUUAUGUGCAAGCAUUAUGAAUACGGUCAUUUACCUUUCCAAAAUGAAGUGCUCUCAUGCCUUGAUGCUCUCAUGUAAAUAUGCAGUGUAUUAGGUGGCCUCAUGAUCUAAGUAUAUAUAGCUUGUGCAGAUUUGAAAUUUCUAGUGCUCAGUGGAUUUUUACACAACUGUUGGGAAUUGUUUUGAUGACAUUACUCAAGCGCUUUGUUUCAGAGCUCUGUUAUGCAGAGGAGCUUCCACAUCCAGUCAAUUGUUUUACUCUUUAGAGUUUCUACAAGACAUAUAUUUUAGGAAUUCCUAUAUUUUACCUACCAGGAAACUUUGGUACCUUUGUUCUUAUUCAAGAAGGGAUGUUCAUAACGUGGCACCUAAAAGAUUCAUUUACACAGACCGACUUUAUUGAUCUUUCUCUAUGCACUGCCAUUCUAAAGAGCAGAGGCGUGAAGAACUUCCUAUACAAAGCUGUAAGUACUAUCAAUAAGCGAAUAUCUCAAAUCUAUAAUAUUUAUGCGGUCUUUGUUUCGUCUGUGAAUCCAGAGGGGUGACCCUUUGGAUUAAAGGUAAUGUUAUUUGCAUUCCUAAUUGCCAAGUUUUCUUUCAAGUUAUUCUGGUAUUCUUUGAACUGGGGAAAUAAUGUUGGCUCUUGACAUUUUUGUUGCAUUAUGUAUCUCAGUUUCUCUCCAUAGCAAAUGCUUUAGUUUAUCUCAUGAUACAACGUGCUGCCUCAUUAAGAAAUUUGACCACCUAAUUGAAUUUUUAGAGAUUGUAGCAAUUAUUGCAAGUUGUGCACUGAUAUGCAUCUUAAAUUUUGGUUUAUACAGGACUUGAUUGGCUGCCAAGUAUGCCAAUAUAGAGUUUCACAGUAUAGCGUUAGAUGAAACUAAAGGAAAUAUAGUUAUACACUAAUUCUGAAAUCAUGGUAGAGAUUUUUUAUGCUUGAUAAUCCUUGCCGCUUCUCACUAAAUAGUUUCAGUUCCAUUUCUACAACUUUAGAUAAUAUGCAAGAUGACCAUGACAACUAUGCCAUACAUAAAGAAAAUUUGCUUUAGAUGUUGCGAGCUGAUAUAUCACGCUUUAUGACCACUUCAGCAUGUAGUUAGCUAUUUUUUUUCGUUUCAUACAUCAUCUCUUGCUUGCGAUUAUUUCUUAUUCUGUACAGCUCAUACGCCCAAACCAUUGUCAAGCUUUGCAGCUGCUAUGAAAUCAGUUGGGGUUGCUGGGUGGAAACUCAAAUAUUGUUUCUGCUUGAUUUGCAUCAAGAAUAGGAAGCCUUGGCUGAUAAGAGAUUAAGGGUACGAGGAAAGAGGAAUCGACUAGGGAACGGUGGAUCCUGCCUUCGGCACAGUAGAUGGCCCGUUGAUAAAACAGGGCAGCCGUCGUUUCCUGUCCAAACUAACGCCCCGGCCUGCUGCAGUUCAAAACUGGACACCAUCUGCUCGCUGUCUCACCAAGUAGCAUCUCUCUCUCUCUCUCUCUCUCUCUCUCUCCAUAUGCUGAGGUCAGUGUCCGGUUCCAACUCCUCCAAGGGCAUCGCCGCCGUGGUCGGCGUCGGCCCCCGGCUCGGCUCUGCGGUGGCCCGCAAGUUCGCCGCAGAGGGCUACACUGUCGCCAUCCUCUCCAGCGACCUCGAGAAGCUGUCGCAGCUGGCCGAGGACAUCGCGCAGGAGGCGAAGGCGCAGGUGUUCGCGCUCCGGGUGGACUGCGCCGACGCGCGCUCCGUUUGCGAGGCCUUCGAGGGCGUGCUCUCCCUCGGCCCCGUCGAGGUGCUCGUCUACAACGCCUGCGAGCCGCCCGCCGAUGCCGACGCCGCGGCCGCCCGACCCACGCCCUUCCUCGCCGUCUCGCCCGACGCCUUCCACCGCGCUCUGGCCGUCUCCGCCGCAGGGGCCUUCCACUGCGCGCAACAAGUCAUUCCGGGGAUGGUGGAGAGGAGCAGGGGCACCAUCAUCUUCACGGGCUCCUCGGCGUCGGUCACCGGCUUCGCCGGCUACUCCGAUCUGUGCUGCGGCAAGUUUGCCCUUCGGGGGCUGUCCCAGUCGCUGGCCAAGGAGUUCCAGCCCGCCGGCGUGCACAUUGCGCACGUGAUCAUCGACGGCGUUAUCGGCGACAGGAGCGAGCCAGAUUGGGUAGGUGGCUGGUUGGACAGUGGGGAGCUCAUCGGCAGGCUUCUUCGUGCAUGCGUAGGAGAGAGGGAAAGGGAGACCGACUGGGACGGAGGGAAUCUCCAACGACGGUGGCGGCCUGAGGCACGAGACGGUGGCUGAAUGCAGACAAGGGUCGUGGCAAGGCUCAUCGCGAUGGGCACGGGAGAGGAAGGCCGAGGCGGUCGGGACCUCCAUAGCGACCUCCACAGCGAGCACGGCGGCCUCCGACAAGAUCCACGACGACCUCCAUAGUGAGCACGGUGGCAAGGAGAUCCAUGGUGUCCCCGAGAGCUCUCGCCUACGUCAUCCUAGAGAGCUCCCGCCUUCCGCAUGCAGCUUGCCAAAGCUGACGUCCCUGAGCAUGAGCGCUGGUUCCUGUUCUGUGUACUCAGCUGCGUGGUUUGACCGCGGGUGGGUGUUAUGUGAUUACUCGACGGUGAGCACUGCUUGUUAUGUGAAUGUUCUGUGAUUGCUUUAAUUUGAUAGUGACUUUUAUGAAUGAUUGCUAGUUCUGUUAUGUGAAUGUGUUCUCGGCUAACUUGUGAUUUCUGUGAAUGUUUGCUCGGCCCGGCGGCAAUGGCGGCGUGAGUACUGCAUUGAGCGGCGGCGAGGCGACAGAGUGGGCAUGGCCGAGAGGGUUUUUUUAUUUUUUAUUUAGAAAAUGAUAAUACUGUUAAUGAACAACAGUCAAUAAUGAUAGCAAUCGAACUAUCACGACUUGUUGCAUACCGCUAGUUUUAAAAUUAACAGUGAAAAACAGUUUAGUACCGACAGUAAAGGA